UUAACCCAAAAACAGGUGUACGUACAAAGUCACUAUCUACUAAACUCCACAACAAGAUGGAAGUUGUGAUGUCCCUCCAUACACUGCAGCCCCUAUCUUUCAUUUUCUUGCCUUUGCUGCUGCUUAUCUUUCUUUGCACAUACACAUACACAUACUCUCAGAAACUUCCAACAUAUUCGACACACAGGCCACCAAGCUAUCCCAUUAUCGGAUGCUUGAUCUCAUUCUACAAGAACCGCGGCAGACUGUUGGAUUGGUACACUCAACUUCUAGCAGAAUCACCAACCAACACCAUUGUUGUGCAAAGGUUUGGCGCGCCUAGGACGAUCGUCACAGCAAAUCCAGAUAAUGUUCAAUAUAUACUCAAAACCAACUUUAACAAUUUUCCCAAAGGCAAGCCUUUCACUGAUCUUCUUGGGGACUUUCUUGGCUCAGGAAUACUCAAUGUGGAUGGAGAGCUCUGGUACAAGCAACGCAAGCUAGCAAGUCAUGAGUUCAGUGCCAGAUGUUUGAGAGAAUAUUUCAUGACUUCAUUGGAGGAUGAGGUUGAAAGACGGUUUUUUCCGGUUUUGGAGUCAUUGGCAAGAACAGCCGAGGUAGUUGAUUUGCAGGAGUUGCUGAGACGACUUGCAUUCAACGUAAUCUGUAAGGUUUCAUUAGGGAUUGAUAGGUGUUACCUCGAUCCUUCUCAGCCUGAUUCAGUUCUUGCCAAGGCUUUUGACUUGGCGUCGGAGAUAUGUGCAAGGCGUGGAGCAGCGCCGUUGUUCAUAGUUUGGAAGGUUAAGAGAUGGCUCGGAGUUGGAUCGGAGAGAAGGCUUAAAGAGGCUAUCAAAGAAAUACACAAACAUGUUGCACAGAUGAUUCAAGAGAAGAAGAACAAGAUUGAAAAAGGUGAUACUUAUAGUCAAGAUCUCCUAUCUCGGCUGAUAUUGGCAGAUCUGGAAGAGAAAGUAAUAAGAGACAUGGUGAUAAGCUUCAUUAUGGCUGGAAGAGAUACAACUUCUGCUGCAAUGACAUGGCUCUUCUGGUUGCUUUCCAGCCAUCGACACAUCGAGGGAGAGGUGGUAAAAGAAGCAACGUUAGCAAAUGGAAGACAACUUAAUUAUGAAUCACUGAAAGAGUUGAGAUUUUUGAAUGCAUGUCUUUGCGAGUCCAUGAGACUUUAUCCACCAGUUGCCUGGGACUCGAAGCAUGCCACAGUCGAUGAUUUGUUGCCAGACAAUACUCCUGUUCGAGCAGGAGAUAGAGUGACUUACUUCCCCUAUGGAAUGGGGAGGAUGGAAACAAUAUGGGGAAAUGACUACUUGGAGUUCAAACCGGAACGAUGGUUUCUAGACUCAAAUGAAAGAUCAAUGAAGAAGGUAUGUCCUUUCAAAUUUCCAGUCUUUCAGGCUGGUCCAAGGGUAUGCCUUGGGAAGGAGAUGGCCGUCAUUCAGAUGAAAUAUGUAAUGGCUUCCAUUCUGAAGCGAUUUGAGAUCAGGCCGAUCAGUCCAGAGAGGCCGGUCUUCGUGCCACUCCUGACGGCUCACAUGGCCGGCGGCUUGAAGGUUUUGAUUCAAAGGAGAGAGGCUGAAAUGGACCAAAACAUAACAUUAAAUUAGUGAAAUUCAUAGUUAUAUUCUAGAUUUGUUGGAAGGUAGAACAUGCCACUGUUCCUCCAUCACAACUUAUAAUAUAAAAAAUAAGCUGGUGAUUAUGUAUGCAAUAAUAUAUCAAAAGUGAUAGGAUCUCAGUAAAUGAGAUCCCAAUCAUUCCAGUGAUUGACAUGUCAUUGUUUGGUUUAAUUAUCAGGUUUUAUGUGCCCCUACACUUACAUCAAUUAAGGGAUAAAAUGAAUUAUUGAG